UGGGCGCGAGGAGACAGGUGGUGACUACGAAGGCAAGGGGAGCUGAGACCGGGUCCAGGCAGCCGAGCCAGGCCAGGAGCAUCAUGUGAAUGGGCCAGAAGGCUCCCAGGCUGGGCAGUUCAAACAGGCACGCAAAAGCUGUUAGAGGGAACAGGGCCACCGAAGGGUUUCCUUUUGCUGCUGAGAAGCAAAUGCUUGUAAGAAGAAACACUCUGAAGGAGCCUGCGCUGGAUCAUGGGCUGUGGCUGCAGCUCAAACCCUGAAGAUGACUGGAUGGAGAACAUUGAUGUGUGUGAAAACUGCCAUUAUCCCAUAGUCCCGCUGGAUAGCAAGACCACGCUGCCCAUCCGGAAUGGCUCUGAAGUUCGGGACCCACUGGUCACCUAUGAGGGCUCCCUCCCACCAGCCUCCCCGCUGCAAGACAACCUGGUUAUCGCUCUGCACAGCUAUGAACCCUCCCAUGAUGGAGACCUUGGUUUUGAGAAGGGUGAACAGCUCCGAAUCCUGGAGCAGAGCGGUGAGUGGUGGAAGGCUCAGUCCCUGACCACCGGCCAAGAAGGCUUCAUCCCCUUCAACUUCGUGGCGAAAGCAAACAGCCUGGAGCCUGAACCCUGGUUCUUCAAGAAUCUGAGCCGUAAGGACGCUGAGCGGCAGCUUUUGGCGCCUGGGAACACGCACGGAUCCUUCCUGAUCCGGGAAAGUGAAAGCACAGCGGGAUCUUUUUCACUGUCGGUCAGAGACUUCGACCAGAACCAAGGAGAAGUGGUGAAACAUUACAAGAUCCGUAACCUAGACAACGGUGGCUUCUACAUCUCCCCUCGCAUCACUUUUCCCGGCCUACACGAACUGGUCCGCCAUUACACCAAUGCCUCUGAUGGGCUGUGCACAAAGUUGAGCCGUCCUUGCCAGACCCAGAAGCCCCAGAAACCGUGGUGGGAGGAUGAAUGGGAGGUUCCCAGGGAGACACUGAAGUUGGUUGAGCGGCUGGGAGCUGGCCAGUUUGGGGAAGUGUGGAUGGGAUACUACAACGGGCACACGAAGGUGGCAGUGAAGAGUCUGAAGCAAGGGAGCAUGUCCCCCGACGCCUUCCUGGCUGAAGCUAACCUCAUGAAGCAGUUGCAGCACCAGCGGCUGGUCCGGCUUUAUGCAGUGGUCACCCAGGAGCCCAUCUACAUCAUCACAGAAUACAUGGAGAACGGAAGCCUAGUAGAUUUUCUCAAGACUCCCUCAGGCAUCAAGUUGAACAUCAACAAACUGUUGGACAUGGCAGCACAGAUCGCAGAGGGUAUGGCAUUCAUUGAAGAGCAGAAUUACAUCCAUCGCGACCUGCGGGCUGCCAACAUCCUGGUGUCUGACACACUGAGCUGCAAGAUUGCAGACUUUGGCCUGGCACGUCUCAUUGAGGACAAUGAGUACACAGCCAGGGAGGGGGCCAAAUUUCCCAUCAAGUGGACAGCACCAGAAGCCAUUAACUAUGGGACCUUCACCAUCAAAUCGGAUGUGUGGUCUUUCGGGAUCCUGCUGACAGAGAUUGUCACCCAUGGCCGAAUCCCUUACCCAGGGAUGACCAACCCUGAAGUGAUUCAAAAUCUGGAGCGAGGCUACCGCAUGGUUCGACCUGACAACUGUCCAGAAGAGCUGUACCACCUCAUGAUGCUGUGCUGGAAGGAGCGUCCAGAGGACCGGCCCACGUUUGACUACCUUCGAAGCGUUCUGGAUGACUUCUUCACAGCCACAGAGGGCCAAUACCAGCCCCAGCCUUGAUAGGCCUUGCUGUCCCCAAGACCCUCCCCUAACCCUUUGCCUUGGCUGGGGCAGAUGGAGCUCCUGUGCCAUAUCUGUGUGUCCUAUGCACACGUAGACUCCGACUCUGCACAUAAAGCCUGUGCAUGUGCAAUACACAUGCAGUUUUCGUUUUGCCCACAUAUCUGUAGUUGUGUGGGUUCUACACAUAUGUCUUAUACACAUGGACAUGUGAGUCUAAGUCUUGAAUAUCAUCUCUUUCUGGACCCUUCCAUUUCCUGAAGCCACAGAGGGAGAAGGUCUGUGGUUGACCGGCAUCUCUGUCUACCACUUCUUUUCUGAGGGCACCCAGAAGUUCCUUGUAGGCUGCCAUCCAAUCUAAUGUCUCUGUGUGUUCUGCCUUGGUGCUUAGCACACACCAGGAGCUCAAUAAAUGUCUGUUGAUCAAGAUUGUA